CCCUCCUAGCCCCGCAGCUCCAGGCUGCCUCAAUACAAACACACACAGAACUGUUGUUAGUGUCAGCCUGUCCAGCGGACCCUUCACAUGCCAUCACAGUGACAACGAGAAGCCCUAUCUGACUCUCCCAGGACACCGGCUUGGCUCCCUGGGGGAUAAUGGGCCGGCGGAGUGCUGCCCCCACGUCUCCGUUCGGUGAACCAAGAAAGUUUGACCCAAAGUUUAAAGGACCCAUUGGGAAAAGGCACUGUACGGACAUCUUGUGUUGCAUCAUCUUUGUGGUGGUGAUCCUUGGAUACAUUGCACUAGGUGUCGUAGCGUGGAUUCAUGGUGACCCCAGGAAGAUUGUCUACCCAACAGACAGCUAUGGGCAGUUUUGUGGCCAAAAGGGUACACCUAAUGAGAACAAGACAAUUUUGAUGUAUUUUAACAUUCUUCGAUGUGCAAGUCCAGUUGUGCUUAUAAACCUGCAGUGCCCUACAACACAACUCUGUGUCUCAAAGUGCCCAGACAGAUUUGCUACCUACCUUGACAUGCAAGCCAACAGAUUUAAUAACAGCUAUUGGGAAUACUACAAGCAAUUCUGCAAACCUGGUUUUGACAAGCCCCGAAAAUCUAUUACAGAAGUGUUGCGGGAUGAAGAUUGUCCCUCUAUGAUAAUUCCAAGCAGACCAUUUCUUCAGAGGUGCUUCCCAGAUUUUUCCACUAGAAAUGGUGUGUUAACAGUUGCAAACAAAACAGAAUUCAAAGAUGCGAUGGGACAAUUGAGAAAUGUAACAGAUCUACGAGCAGCUGCCAAUGGUAUCAAUAGUGUACUUGAUGCAAGAUCAUUUGGAAUGAAGAUUUUUGAGGACUAUGCUAGUUCCUGGUACUGGAUCUUGAUAGCUCUUUUUAUUGCAAUGGUUGUGAGCCUACUGUUCCUUAUACUUCUGAGGUUUACUGCUGGAGUAUUUUUUUGGAUUUUCAUAAUUGGCGUUAUUGGAGUUGUUGGAUAUGGCAUCUGGCACUGCUUUUGGGAAUAUGACAGCUUGAAAGGCGUUCCUGGAGCUGAUUUAACAAUAUAUGACAUUGGUUUACAGACGGAUUUUAGGGUUUACUUGCAACUGAGACAGACAUGGUUAGCGUUCAUGAUACUGCUCUGUAUAGUUGAAGUUGUCAUCAUACUGAUGCUGAUCUUCCUGCGAAACAGAAUCCGAAUAGCAAUUGCCCUUUUGCAAGAAGGUAGCAGAGCAAUCGGAUAUAUCAUGUCAACGCUGUUCUAUCCGAUCAUUACCUUCAUUCUAAUAUCGAUUUGCAUUUCCUAUUGGGCUGUCACUGCAGUAUUCAUGGCUACCUCAGGUGAAGCUGUAUAUAAAGUGAUGGCCAAUAAAACUUUGUGCAAAUAUGCAGAUAUUACUUGUAUUCCUGAAACCUUCAAUACCACCAAUGUGACUAAAGUCUGCCCAGGGGCCCAGUGCACUUUUGCAUUUUAUGGCGGGGAAAGCUUCUACCAUCAAUACAUACUGAUCUUUCAGCUCUGUAAUGUUUUUGUAUUUUUAUGGCUCGUAAACUUUUCCAUAGCAUUGGGUCAAUGUACCCUUGCUGGUGCCUUUGCCUCUUAUUAUUGGGCUUUCAAAAAGCCUGCAGAUAUUCCAGCAUGCCCUCUCUUUUCUUCAUUUGGAAGAGCAAUAAGAUACCACACAGGAUCCCUGGCACUUGGGUCUCUCAUCCUUGCGCUUGUUCAGUUAAUCCGAAUCAUUUUAGAGUAUUUGGAUCACAAACUCAAAGCUUCUCAGAACUCCUUUGCUAAGUUCUUACUAUGCUGCUUGAAAUGCUGUUUCUGGUGUCUGGAAAAAUUCAUUAAGUUUAUGAACAGAAAUGCAUAUAUAAUGAUUGCUAUAUAUGGCAAGAACUUCUGUACUUCAGCUAAAGAUGCAUUUUUUCUACUUAUGAGAAAUGUUAUAAGAGUUGCUGUAUUGGACAAAGUAACAGAUUUCCUAUUAUUUCUUGGGAAAGUGUUUGUGACUGGCUCUGUUGGUGUGCUUGCUUUCUUCUUCUUCACAAGAAAAAUCCCAGUGCUUACAGAUGAAGCUCCAGCUUUAAAUUACUAUUGGGUACCUCUUUUGACCGUGAUCAUUGGGUCCUACUUGAUUGCACACGGAUUCUUCAGUGUCUAUGCAAUGUGUGUUGACACCCUUUUCCUGUGUUUUUGCGAAGAUCUGGAAAGGAAUAAUGGCUCUUCUUCGAAACCUUACUACAUGUCACCUAACCUGCAUAGGAUUCUGGGAAAAAAGGAAAUAAGCUCAAAGAAGGCAAAGCGUUAAUUGAUCUUGCACUCUUAACAAAAAAAAAAAAAAAGCACUUUUUUAACACAAUAACUAAAAACCAUAGGAGGGUAAAUGAAGGUUGGACAGAAGUUAUUGAUUUCAUGCUUAAACCGUUCAAUCUGAACCUAUGGAUUCAUCAAAGCAGAAAGUUUAUAUCAUGUGAAUCAGUGUUACGUUUUUAGUGCCUCUUAACACAAAGCUCUCAAUGUAUAAAGGAUUUUCCUAAAAUGCUUUUAGGCUUUUAAUAUUUUUAUAAAGCUGGUUUCUAUAUAAGGGAACAGCAUUUUUUUAAACUAAAUGUUUUUCUUUUUCAUAAAAUACUUGAUACAAUGGUACAUUAAUAUAAUUAGCCAUAAACGUUUUCUUUUUUGAUGAGAGAUCUGGCAAUGUGACUUAAUGUAAAUGGUGCUAGGUAAUGUUUGCACUUCACAGGACAGCCACCGAAACUGUGAUGUAAGCUUUACAGAUUCCUCCAUGUUUAAAAUAACCCGUGUGUGACCCUCUGUAGGAUUAAGCCGUUCGCAUCCUUCAACAUUAUACAGUAUUUGAACCAUGGUUUAUUAUGAUGAUGGUAAUACUAUUGAUGUCAUUACCGCUAUUUUGAUUUAAAGGGUAGUUCAAACUACACCACUAAUAAUUACCCCUUUCAGUUACGUAUUCAAUCGUUUUCAUGUUUCACAUUUUGAAAAUGUUUCCCUCUGUUUCCUAGUAGCGGCUCAUUAAAGUAACAGAAACACCAAAAAUUAAAGUGUUUUAAAGAAAUGACAAUACAAUGUAUUGUUUCCCUGCACUGGUGUAUU